UCAACACCAUGAGAAGCUCUUGCACAUUCCUUAGGAAUUGAUCUUUAGAAAGAAUUCGACAACAUUCUCGUCACAAUUACAGAAAAACCAUUCAAACAAUCAAAUCAUCUAUAACACUACUAUAAAUGAUAGAAGCUACACUAGUAAAACUACAACUCAACACCAUGAGAAGCUCUUGCACAUUCCUUAGGAAUUGAUCUUCAGAAAGAAUUCGACAACAUUCUCGCCACAUCUCGCUAACCACCACCAUCCAGAUCAAUCAUCCUCGUCGCGCAUCAGGGUUAACUGUAAGCGAAUGUUCGGAGAGCCAACUGUAAAGAAGCUUCACAAUCCCCCUGUCAAUGUUGCUAAUUUAAAAACAGACCGCGGAACUCUUAUGUUGUAGGAACACUCAAAGAAUAAGUGAUCUCUUGAUUGUCAAAUUAUUUUAUUGUUUAAAUGUGUGGAUUUGAAAUUACAAUGUUGAUAGUUGUAUUGUAAUUUUAGAAAUAAAAUGGGAAGUUAUUUUUUCAAUGAAAAAACAAGUUUGCUUUUCUUUUCGUAUAUAAAAGUCAAUCAUGUAUCGAAAUAUAAUUCGGUGUGAAAUCGGUUUGGCCCUGGGGAGAUGUACCGGUAGCCCAUAUAACAUAUGUUGCCCGUUUUGUUUAUUUAUUGGGCUACUGAAGUGGCAGCCGGCUGCUUCCCGAAUGUCUACGCCCAAUGUUUCCUGCUCAGAGCGGGUAUGUUUCGAUUUGGAUUUGGGUUUGACUUUACACAUUGGAUAUGGCCUCGCAAUGCAUUACUCUAACGACGAAAAGUGUGUCGAUAAGAAAUAUGAUAAUUAAUUAAUUAUUUAGAGGAUCAUUUUGAUAUCAAUAUCUUAUUAUUAACGAUUCAAACAAAAGAAUGAAAGAUUAAAAGAGUCCAAUCCAAUGCAUCUUCUUCGCAUACGAUUCUCCGCCACAACUGGACAACAUGAGUGGUGUGGGGAAUUAGAACACUGGGAUUUGUGGGAAAGAGGAGAUUGAAGAAAAGAGAGUUUUCAAUUUUGUAGUGCAGGGGAAGAAGGAGAAGAAGACCACACAUUCUUUGAGUAAACUCCACGCUUCCUUUCCUUUCCCUUCAUCAUUUUCAUUUCAUUGUUUAAUUCCUAUCCCCUAAUUACUCUUCCUCGGUCCUCACAUUUCCCCUUCCCAUGGAGAAGCAGAGGGCUGGGUCGCUCUCCAUCUUCGCCAUUGUCAUCUCCCUCGCCAUUCUCUCCUUCGUCUCCUGCGUCAUUGCCGAGAUCAAGAAAGUCAAGAGGAAGGAUGUGAAAUUGCAGAAUGAGCUCUGCUACCUGCCCGAGAGCCACGCGUUCGGAUUCGGGAUCGCGGCAAUCGUUUCCUUAGUUGUCGCCCACACAUUGACCAACUUGUUGAUUUGCAGCAACUUCUUCCCCUCUCUCUGCUCUUCUUCCAGAAAGAAGCCCACUUCCCCUCCUCUGCCUCCUUCCACUUCUGUUUCUUCUUCCUCUGCCUCGAAGAAGCCCUCCGUCCCCGCCCUUCUCCUCCUCCUCUUCUCCUGGGCGAGUUUUGGGCUAGCGGUGGUGCUAUUAGGGGGAGCGACGAGCAUGAGCGCAACGCAGCCAUUUGAGAAAGGAUGGCUCGACGGAAAAUGCUACGCAGUGAAAGACGGCAUCUACGCCGGCUCAGGGGUUCUGACGCUGGUUUCCAACGCCGCCGCGCUUGGCUCCGCCGCCGUCACCGUCAGAAAAGCCCAGGCUGAACAGGGUCGGAGAGUACAUGCCCUAACUGUCGUCGGCUCGUGAUUCUUUUCUCUUUUUUUUUUUUUUGUCAGAAAGCAGCAUUACAGCAUAGAUGUAGGAGAGAAAAGAAAAUCACAUAUACAGAUGCAAAGUUACACAAAGAAGAAUGAAAGGAACUGGAGUCACAAUCACAGACUCACAGUCGAUAUUUCCUUCCUCAAGAGAGGGGGGAAAGGUUAAAUUGCUCAUCCACUUUAGUCCGCCAUUUCGUUGCCCCGUGGCCGUGGGUCAUCGUCCUCCACUCACCCUGUUUCUGCUGAAUUAGACAGAACAGGUAGAGAUGGGAGAGGUUGAGCCUAACAUUGUUUAUUCCAAAUUUGGUGAGUUGGAUAAGGAGCCAAAUGAGCGAUGUGGGGCGGAUGUUGUGAUGGGAGCGAGCAGGAAAGAGCCAAUCUUGGUUGGUUCCUUUCAAGGUCGUCUUCAGGGAUGAAAGCAGAGCAGAGCCCUCAAAAAAACAGAUUUGCUAACACACGAGGAACCUCUUUCGUCCUCUAGUUUUAAGAUGAUUUAAACUAUUAGGAGUUUGAAAUCGGUGGAACAUAGAAGAGAAAGCAAGUUGUUUCAAUCCAUUUUCGAUGUUUAGUUAUUUGGAUAGUAAAAAUGAUGGGUGACUAAUGAUAGAAAAGGAAUCGAAGAGGGGGCUGGAGGAGAGAACGUGAACGAGGAAAAUGAAUACUGGACGAGGGGGGACAAUGAGAUUCGAUUUUUGUUUGUUUCAACAAACUAUUAGACGACUUUCUCGUUUCAAACAUACAAUGAAUACUAUUUUGAUUUGUUUUUUGGUCAAAUUCACUUGUAUAGUCAAAACUUCGACGUUUGUGACAAAUAUAGCCACUUUUGGAGAAAUAUCAGAAAUAGCCAGAAUUUUAAAAGUUCGAUGACAAAUAUAGCCAUUUCCGUUACAUAGUUUGACGGCGUCAAUGACACUGUUAGUCUAAUUAACGGAAUGAUGAUGUGGCUGCCAACUCAUCACCCACGUCAGCGACAAGUCAUCAAUAUCAUUGCCACCUCAUUUUGAUUUAUCAUUUAACAAUUAUGGGUGGAUAAAUAAAUAAAUAAAAAUCCAAAUAGUCUUUUUUAUCUAAAAAUAUUUAAAAAACAAACAAACAAUAAAACAAUAAAAAAUUUAACUCACAUCCCUCUGACCCUCUCUUCUCUCUGCCUCAGCCCGCAACCGUCUUUCCUUCCUCCACGGACGAUCAAAACCAAUCGCCAUCACCUCCUAGUCCCAUCUCUGAUCUCGCUUCCCUCGAUAUCGCUCCUCCCUCGACCAGUAGCAAGCCAAGUCCCCCCUCCCCCCAAAUCUCGGGGAGACCACUGAAAUGACAACCGACAAAGACGCCGAUCAAGAGCGACGUCGACUUCACAUCGUUUCCUCCAUUCGUUUCCUCUAUUUGCCGGGCACGGAGCCUCCAGAUCAUCCGCCCUCGUUCUAUUGGUAAGGACCACAAAAAUCUCGUAGCUUCGAGCUCAAUCAAUCGCUAAACUAACUCAACCCGUGUUCAUGAACCGAAGUUUUGCCGGCGGGAUUGCGGCGAUUUAGAGCUCUGAAGCCGUUGCAGCAGGAGCGACAGUGAGUUAGAUCUGGGGGUUGGUGGUGGCUGUUGCAGAUUGGAAAUAGAUCGUGGUUAGGGUUGAAUUCGGUGUGGUAGUUGAGAUGGAUGGAAGAGAGGUGGUAAGUGUGAAGGUUGGUGGUGGCUGUGGGUUUGGAAAUUGGGGAGGAGGAACAGGGGGGAGUGAUUAUGGAGAAGAAUGGGGAAGAAGGAGAGAGAUUUGGAAGGUUGGGUGGGAGGGAAAUUGGGGAGGAGGAAUAGGGGGAGUGAUUCUGGGGAAGAAUGGGGGAAAAGGAGAGAGAUUGGGAAGGUUGGGUGGGAGAAGAACGGAGAGGGAGAGAGAGAAAAUAAAAAAAAAAUUCUUUUAUUUUUAUUUUUUUUGAUUAUUCCAGCUCAUAUUUUUAAUGAUUAAAAGAUUGUCAUGUCA